CGCCAACCAGUGCAUUUCCAACUCACCAUCCAACCUCAAAUACACGCGAUAUUGUGCACUACUAGCAGCUCGCAUACUUCACACCUGACAGAACCAAGCUUGUAAGGCAGUGCCUUUCGCGACCACGCGCCGACGACGUAUCGCAAGGCAAAGGACCUAGCACCUUCAACAACAGCCCUGAUCUUCCGACCAGCUCCUCCAAGCCCACCUCCUCACACCCCAAACCGUCAAAAUGACACCCCGAAAUGGGCAUCCGCGGCACUCACACCACCACCACCAACCUGUCCAAGCCUCAGACUACGAUUCCGAGACGGCAUACACGGCCCCGCAACAACUGCCUGUUAGAUCAAACACCGAGCUCAACCUCUCUGUUCUGCGGCGCUACAAGCCCUCCAUAAGUUCCAUCCUCUCCAUCGCCGCCUCCUGCCAAAUCUACAACUACUUCCCCGCCGACCAGACCUGGGACAAGGCCGAGAUGGCGGGGACGUUAUUCGUGUGCCAGCUCGCGCCCUUCUCUCCGGCAAGCGUGGGCGGGCAGGAUCGAUACUGCAUCAUCAUCCUCAAUAAGAAGGGGCUGGAUAAUCUGAUCAUUGAGAUGCAAGAUGUGCUGGAGGUGGAGAUCACGGCGGAGAUCAUGAUUAUCAGGUUUCUGGAGAGGGGACAGGCAGGCUUGCAAGGUUCGUUGGGGGAAGAGAAGGUCUUGGGGUUCUUUAUCCAGGACCAGGAGGAUACGAGACAGCUUAACUGUACACUCAUAAAAGAGUUCUGGGAACGAACGAGAGAUGCUCCUGUUGUGGAAACGCUGGAAAGAGGCGCCUUGGAAACGGCAGGCACGGGGGGUUUCGCCGACGGUGGUUUCGAGAGUGGCAGUGGAAAUGGGAACCCGGUUAUUGCAGGCAGGAGGUUAAGUCUGAGAGACCUUUUUGGGGGCCAAGGAGUGCGGUAGUUUGCGAAAGGUUGAGCGGUUAAAAUGAUACUUCGAAAAGCAUGGUACUACUCUCAUCUCGAUGGUCGCAGGGAACUGAACAUCAGUCCAAUUGACUUGGCGCGCAACACAGCUAGCUGUAGCUUUGUAUAACCUGCAAGACCUAAGAUCGGGAUGGAAACAAUCGCUCCUCCAAAUUUCCAGAGGACACGUUUUGUCCAGGGUAGAAGGCAGGACCAAGGAUAGAAUAGAGAAACAUAGCAGAAGAAUAUAUCUCUUACGACAAAUGUCGAGGUAGCUAUGAUGUUACAAGAAUACAUAGAAUACAUACAUGCC